AUGGCACGACUUGAGGACUAUCAGAACCGGUUCCGGUUCGCCAAAUUCGAGCGGGAGGACGGGAUCCUCCAGAUGACGCUGCACAGCGACGGAGACACCCUGCAGUGGGGCGCCGGCCCGCACACCGAACUACCGGAGGUGUUUCACACCAUCGGGACCGACCCGGAGAACAAGGUGAUCAUCAUGACCGGGGCCGGCGAGGGUUUCACCGGCCCGGCCGGCAGCAGCGACACCGUGCCGCGCCGCACGCCCGAGCAGUGGGACGCCACCUACUGGGAGGGAAAGCAUCUGCUGGGCAAUCUGCUGAACAUCGAGGUUCCCAUAAUAGCGGCCAUCAACGGGCCCGCAUUGCGGCAUUCGGAACUACCGCUGCUCAGCGACAUCGUCCUGGCCGCGCCGCACACCACGUUCCAGGAUUCGGGCCAUUUCAUGAGCGGGCUAACUCCGGGCGACGGAAUGCACAUCAUCUAUCCGUUGCUGCUAGGAAUCAACCGAGGCCGCUACUUCCUGCUGACCGGCCAGCUGCUCGACGCGGAAAAGGCGCGGGAGUUCGGGUUGGUUGCCGAGGUGCUGCCGGCGGACGAAUUGCUGCCACGGGCCUGGGAGUUGGCAAGGGAAUUGGCGCAGCAGCCGCGCCUGGUGCUGCGCUAUUCGCGUGUGCUAUUGACCCACCAACUGAAGGGCAUCCUGCACGACAUAUUGGGCUACGGCCUGGCGCUGGAGGGACUGGGUUCUGCUCAGGAUUACCUCGACCGCGGGGCCGGGCGCUGAUUGGAUCAGCCGGGGGCUCCGGCCAUUUUGCGCGGCGGCGUCGCCGUG